UUGUACAGCACAAUGAAUUGAUUAAGUUGAAUCGGAUAUAAAGAAAGCACUCUCAAGAACAUAAAGGCAAACCGGCUUUGUUGUGACUUUCUUUGUUUCCGGUUUUCAACUGCGUAGUACUGGGUGCGAACUAAUCUACCAGCGGUCAUUAAAGUUUACAACAUGGCUGCGAUACUGGCGGUAAAUGGUUGUACUGUAGUAGAAAAUUUGCUACAAUUUUGCAAUAUUUCGAAAGAAAGGAUUCUCGUAGAGGAGCAAAAAGAGUUCACCUCACCCAAGGAGCCAACUUUGACCUUGAGUUCAGGUGAGACAGUAACUGGUGUGCAAACAGUUGGGGCAUAUCUCUCCAGAAUAUCGGCACAAAAACUUCUUGGAAGGUCAGCUCUGGAGAGAGCUCAAGUUAAUCAGUGGAUGGAGUACUCACAGUUGCAUCUGCAGUCUUCUCUUAAUGAUGGAAGUCUUUUCAAAGGAGCGUUAAGUUAUUUGGAUAAAUCUCUGUCUAAGACAGUAUAUCUGGUGGGCUGUCAAUUAACACUAGCUGAUAUCAUGUUAUAUUAUGCACUUCAUCCUCUUAUGCUGGAGCUCAGUAUCCAGGAGAAGGAACAAUUUAUUAACCUUUCAAGAUGGUUUAAUCAGGUGCAGUAUUACCCUGGAGUCAGACAAUAUUUGCCUGAAGUAUCAUUCUUACGCAACAUGCUCUACAGUUGACAUUGCAGUAUAUCAUUUUCAUUAUGUGAACUGAUAUGUAUUUUACUGUUUCUGGUAUUGCCAGAAUUAGGCUAAUUAUGACUAAAUAAAUUUACAAAUUAUUUUGUCUUUGAAUGUAGUGCUAUUCUGUAUAAUACUGUAGAAUGAGAAGAAAAAAAAUUAUAGUCAAGAUUUGUUCUAUUUAAUUUUAUUGGCACAUUUCGUGGUGUGGUGCUUUUUUGUCGUAAUAAGUUUAAAAGAGAACUAGAUUUGAUACUACUGCUCUGAUCUUCUUGCAGAAUUACUAAAAUAUGUCUUUACUAAUUCAGACUGGCAGAACAAUCUCAAAAUCGCACAGGUAGUGGUAAAUACAGACAGUGAUGAAUUAUUUGUUUUUGUUGUUAACUUAGUGAAUAGGAAGGAAGAAGAAGAAGAAAACUUUAUUUAACGAGGGUAAAAACACAUUGAUUACUGGUCACCCCGUAGUUUUCAUAAUGGCCCUCCUACAAUUAAGAGUAAUAAAUCGUAUUGAUUAAAUUAAUUAAUUAAUCAUCAGAAUAAUCUACCAACUAAAUCUAUAUAAUGAACAACUAAUAUAAUGAAUUAAUUAAUUAACUACUAAUAAAACUAGAAGGUUUUACAAAUCUUAAAAUGAUCAAUAAAGGAAUUCUUAUUACGGUAAA